CUUUAUUUUUCCAGUUUUCACUUUACACCCCCAUCUUUCCUUUCUUUUGCUUUACCCCCUCGUUCCAUUUGUCAAAUAUGCAGGUGACCUCGUGGCAUGCAAAUGCACGUGUCGCGUUCAGCUGUGUUCCAUUCAACACGUGCCUAAAACUCUUUCUCCAGCUCUUCUCCUCCUUUAAAUCUCAUUCUAGGCUUCCAUGGCUUCACUUUCGGUUUUGGUCGGACCAUCGUCGGAAGAAAUCCAGAUGGCAGGCGGCGGAGAAGGAGACUGGAGGAAGCAGGCAGAUACGCACAAGAUGAGCUCGGAGGAAGUGAAAGCGGCGGGAGUUGAAGGCUCGAAGCGGCCACCGGGGCAGAACCCCGGUGGAGUUCUUCACCAGCGCAGGAAGAUGCCUUUCAGCACCCCGACCAUGGCCGCUGCCGGCUUUCUCGUUGUCGCGGGGAUCGGGUACAUGGUUCUUUACGCCAAGAAGAAACCGGAGGCGGAUGCUCGUGAUGUGGCCCGAGUCGCUACCAACACCGCCGAUCCCCGUGACACUCAUCCUCGCAGAUAGAUGGGAAAACAUAGAUUACUAGUUCGUAUUCUCUUUUGAUUUCAUCAUGCUCUUAAUUACUUCUUUUCUGCAGUUCAAUGUUUUGUCACGUUGAAAUAACAGGAAACAAUGAUGCGCUAUGUAAAUAUUUGGUCCUUAAUGCUCUGUAUCCUAUGCAAUUGAAAUUGCUGUAUUUUCUGUGUUCUGAGAAAGCUGAUGACUGUAGACGGUACCGAACAGACUUUCAACGCAGCUCAUAUCUACAUGCAACUAUGCAAGAUCCACCUCUUGUGAUGAAUCUCGAUAUGCAAGUGUCCUUUCGCCGAUUUUUUCACUUGCCAAUGGUGAAAAGUUCGUAAUUCAGACCGGUUUUGAACUCCCAGAGUUCGCUAAGUUUAGAACUCCAGAGUUCAAGAAAACUUCCCUCGUGUCCAGAGGGUACAACUCGAAGAACGACGAAGUCGUCAUAUUGACGAAGGUCGAAGAACGACGACAACCAUCGACAAGCGAAACAGGAGAUGAACGAAGGUGAACAAUUGAAAGGCUAUUACAUCAUAAUCUCUCGACGACAUUGUCUAAAUACAAAAAUGAGCAACAA